UUAUCGGUUCUACUUUUUUCAUUUAUUCUUAAAUCUUCUUUUAGUAUAGACUGUGUUAUAUACGUUAGCGGAACAUCAUUUCUUUUCAUUAUUUAUUAUCGGAGUCGUAAGACAAUUAAAAAGGAUUUUUUAAAAACUGCUCGAGUCGGUAGUUUUAAAACUAAAAUAAAAUAAACACUUUUUAAUUGAUAGAAUCGCACAGUCUUAAAGAAUGAAAGAAACAAACAUUGUUUUAAGUAUUAAGAUUGUGAAGCCUUUAAAAACAAUUAAUUGAAGUAUUGUUGUAAUUAAUAACAUUUUGCAGUCUCAAAGAAUGAAUGAAGCAAAAAUAUAUUGUUCUCGUAUGUUUUGUAAAUUUCCUCAAAUAAAUAACUACUGGUGUACCAAUUAAAAUAAAUGGCACAAAGGUAAUCCCAAGCUGUUGUUUUUUCCUGGAUAAAAUUUAAUUUUUCGUGUUCAACAUGGUAAAAAAAUUUGGAACAAAAACAAUAAAAAAAAAUAAAAGAAACACAAGUUUAGUAGAUGGUAACCAAAACAAUGAAAUUCCAAUUAUAAAACAGACGAAUGAUCAAAUGAAUUCAAAUAGCAUUCCAUGUUUAAAACCUAAUAACACAAACGACAUGGAAAGAGAUAACAAAGAAUCCAUUGGUGUUAAAAAAAAACAAAAACGGUACAUUCUUUUUGUUGGAAAUCUUCCUUAUGGAAUUACUAAGAAACAACUAGCUACAUUCUUUAAAGGACUAGAUGUCAUUAGUUUAAGACUUUUGGACUCUAAAAUCGAUAAAAAACCACAUGGAUGUGCUUUUGUUGAACUGAAAACGUCAAAAGACUUUACGGCCGGCUUAAAAUACCACCGACAAAUGCUGGAUGGUCGUUGUAUACGCGUUGAACGAACUGUGGGAGGAGGUGGGAAAGGAAAAUCUCGCCAGCAAAAACUCAAACAAGUGAACCGAAAAUUGCGAAAAUCUCGAAAAAACACAUGGGAAAAAGUGUUAAAAAAAAAAGAAGUUCCACUUGAUUAAUUCAUGAAUAACUUCACUUGAGAAGAAUUGAACUUUUCAUUAACUGCUUUAUUAAAACCGACGAAUUGUAGAGUAGUUUUUUCUUUUAAAUAAAUUAUCCGUUUGAAUAUAAGGCUUUAAAACAAAAGUAUUUUAUAUUCUAUCUAGUUCUUGAGUCAAAUUUAUCAUCAAGAAGCUGAAUGAAACAAGUAUCAAGAUAGAAAUAAAAAUAGAUGUCGUUGCAUUUUUUAAUCAAAGCAAUGUUUAUAACAACUCGUUUUUAAACUUAUUUGUUACGUGGAAAAAUUUUCACAAACGCGUUUUAUUGCACCAUACUAUUUAAUUGUUUCAAUGUCUUGGGAAUUUUCGGUAAUAGUCAAUAUGAAAUUUGUGAAACAUAUUUUAUUGUUUGUGAAAUAUCAGACA